GCUUUUGGGAAGAAGCGAAGGGCGACAAAUGACGGCUGUUAAAGUUAGCUUCCGUUAGCCAUACGUUGAUGUUUGUAGUGUAAGGUAAGAUGUCGACAGUGCUUUAAGUCUGGUAUUGUACUAUUGUUAAAAUACUUUUCGCCGCAUUCCGGUCGAUAUUUAUGGAUUGACAGAAUCUGACGACUCUUUAAAGGGACUUCCAGGUAAGGAUAAUAUCACGACGCUUGCAAAUAUAUUUCUGUUUGUCCUCUUCGGCUUCAACGCUGAACUAUUCAAGGUUUCGCUGACCUCGUUGACACGUUUUACAUCGAAACGAUUAAUCCUUAUGUUUGUACAGAAUCUUAAAUUAUGUCGUUUUUUAUAAGAUUCCUUAAAGACAUGCACGUUACUGUCGAAACUAAAUUGCACGUGGGCUGUCGUGGAGUUGUCGGCAGAGUAAAAUUACGAGGACUUAAAACGAGUGGAAAAGAUAAUGUCCUCAUGGUUUAACAUUACUCAACACUAAACUCCUGCGUGCAUUUUGAAAAGUAAAUGAAUGAAUAAAAGCCUUAAACACUGUUUGUUUCACUUUGUCACAUGCUCAUUACUUUUCGCUAAGCCUUUCACACAUUUUUGUCAAACACUAGACUACACUUUACUGCAUAUUUAAUAGUGAACUUAUUAUUAUUGAAAUUCUAGUGUUUUACGGUAGUCAAUCUUCCUGUUGUCACUAUAGCAUUUGUAACCUUAAGCCAGUUUUAUCGCAUAGUUUCUGUUGUGUUCCAGGUAACGUAACAAAAAUGCCUUUACAUGGGAAAAUAGUCGUGAUCAAGAGGAGUGGAGGAGAUGGGACUGAGUUUCCUCUUACUGCAACAUGCUUAUUUGGAAGGUGAGAUCGAUUAAGUUCAACAGAUGGUUUGUCAUGUCACUGUUCCACGUGAAAUCACGUGAAUUUUCCACGGUGGAUCAUCAAAUAUACGUCUCUUUCAUGAGUAAACAAACGUACAUGCAAUGCUAGUUUUAUUUAUUACUAGCAGACCUUCUUGAUCUCAUAUAAAUCCCCUAUUUGGUUUGGGGCGGACCAUCCUUUACUGACGUCAAUCUUACAUUCAUGUCUGCUCCUGCAUUAACAACAAACACAGCUGACUACUUUAGCAGCAGUGAACUGGUAUUGUCUAAUUUAAUUCAGCCAUAUUAGAAUAAGAAACAGAAUUUGAUGGUCUUCUAUUCACUUAAAGUUUAUGUGUAGUUGCAAAAGACAGCGUGUCGAAUGUUGAACCUGAAAAUUUGAUUGCUAGAUGGAGAGUAUUUGGUCAACAUUUCGCACAAGUCACAACAGCAUGGUUCCACAAUAGAAGAGUCCCGAUGCUAAUCUUGUGUGCCUGUAUUAGUCUUGACUUGACAUCAUCAUGAGACAAAAGUUACAUUAAGAGGCUCCAAACUCAUGAGCAGAGUCCUUUUAUAAAUAGAAACAAAACAAUAUUUAACUUUCAAAACUGGUCUUCUAGGUUCUCAAACAUUUACAGCGUCGUUAAAAAAUGGGAAACAUACCUUAGUCUAACUGUUUUGAAAUGUGCUGCGGGCAUAAAUCUUAAAGAGCCUUUUUCUAGUUUUUUUCCCCCAUUCAAUAUGUUUUCUUUGUGCUAUUUUCAAUGAAAUAAAUGUUGUCAAAUGAUUUGCAAACCAUCAAAAAAUGUUUAAUGAACAUUUGAGUUGAGAUUGCAUGUAAACCUUUUGACCUAAAAUGCGUUUUUGUGAUCAUACAGGAAGCCUGACUGUGACAUUCGUAUUCAGCUUCCUCAAGUUUCCAAGGAGCACUGCAGGAUUGACUUAAACGAAAAUAAAGAGGUAACAUAGUUAAUUUAACCAAAAUGAUCACGUCCAAUAGCUUAAAUAAGUGUUGAACUCACUGCAAAAUCUUGAAAUGGAUUAAGUUGGAGCUGCUGAGUUGCUGCUUUAGUUUUGCCUUGCUUUGCUUGGGCUGUGUUUUAGGAUCUUUGUUUGUCUUUCUCAGGUUAUAUUGACUAAUCUGAGCUCAGUGAAUCCAACACGUGUGAACGGGGAAGCUCUGCAGCAGUCUGAGCGUUUGAAACAUGGAGAUGUGAUAACUAUCAUUGAUCGUUCUUUCAGGUCAGUGUGUAGUUUAACAUUUUUUCCUUUUUGUUGCCUUCCAAAGUCACCAUUAGUUUGAGUUGCUGCCACACUCCAUAUAUGUCAUGAUAUAUCAAGACUAUUUUACUUCAUCUUAUUUGCAUAUUAAUGAUUUCAGGUUUGAGUACCCUCCAGCGCCCACGCCAAAGAAGAGGUCCUCCACAGGUGGAAAGUCUGAGACUCUCAAAGUAAUUCACUCAUCUAUUAAAACAUUGCUGCCUAAACCUUGCAGAGUUUUAUUAUUUAGUAAAUGCAUUAAAGAAAUUAUUGUUUGCUCAGGUUCUUCAAGACCAGCAGGUGGUAGACUUGGUGACCUCUGAGAUCUCUGGAGUGUCCACAGGUGAGAUGAUGUGAUUCAAGUUGUCCUGAAUGAGCCUUUCAUAACUUAAAUGUUGCAGGAUGAAUCGUCCAUGUCUGUUGGUCAUCAGAGGCAUCACAUUUAAGGACUUGAAUUUUAAAUUAAAUGAUUAGUUUAUAAAAUAGCAACACUCUAACUGACUUUACUGGCUAUGAAUCUCCUAUGUCUGGCAGUUACUGUAUAUGCAUAUCAAGAUGGGUUUCUUUAACAUCUAACAUCAGCAAAAAUUAUGUAGUCUACCUUAAGAUGACUGCGUCCAAUGGGUCAGACUGGGUUGGGCACAGUUUGAUUCUUCUGAUCUGACACCUCUGGUUUUUGCUCCUCAAUAGACCCUCACCUUAAAGAUGGAACCAACCAUGACAACAUCCAGCGACCCGUGGAAAAAACCACAGCGGUUGAGUCCAGGUCAGACGAUAGCCAGCUGCAGAACAAGACCACCUCCCCUUUCAAUGACCUGUAUCAAAUGAUCAAAAAAUCUUUGGAUGUCAAGACCCCAAGGAAAUCUUCUGCCAGUCUGCUCCAAACACCAACCUCAAGGUUUUGCACUCCAAAACCAGUUAUUUCAACUGGAGAGAAAAGCACUCCUAAAAAGGAUGAAGCUCAGGUCCCCCCAGCAGCUGAUGAGGUUAAAAUGGAGGAAGAGAAUAAAACCAGUGGGACCCCGAAGUCUGUCAAGAAGCAGAGGAGGUCUUCCCAGACUCCCUCUACAGCAGAAGCCGAGCCAGAAACUGGAAAUGCUGCAAAGUCCGAGACACCUUCACCCCAGAGGAGAAACCGCACACCACCCCAGAGGUUUACUGCGGGCGAAGUAGUUGAUCAAAUUUGCUCCAAGUCAUCGCCAAGGAGGAGAAGUAAGGAGGCUACACCAGUCAAAUCUGCUGUGACUUCACCUAAAGCAGAACGCAUCCUGAAGGCGUCACCAAAAAGCCCAAGGACUGCUGAAAAAGGUACUAGCUUUGAUGUGUCAUUGAAUCUAAGCCUGCUGCACAUAAAGCAGUACUUCCAGUACUUCCUCAAGCAUGGUUAUGGUGUUUUCUCUCAUUACUGAUGUGCAUUUUUUUUUAUUAUUAUCAAUUUGUUCAUCAGUUAAAGGGACCUCCAAGAAACGCAAGAGUGGAGAACUUCCAUCUGACUUGCCAAUAUCAGAAAUGAAGAGGAAACGGGUCUCCUUUGGGGGUCAUCUGAGUCCCGAGUUAUUUGACAAACGACUUCCUCCUGAUUCUCCAUUACGCAAAGGAGCCGCUCCUCGCAGGAGCUUGGGUCUUUUAAAGCCCAAACAGUCUCUCCUUCGGCGAGCAUCGGUUAUUGGCCUGCUAGAGGUAAGACUUGAGCAGAGGGUUCUGAUUCAAGAACUGACUUCUGUUCUGAUCGUGGUUCUGUAUUAGUUAUGUGUUUGUUUCAUAUUGGAUCUUGUUUUUUUCCCCCCAGGAGCUGUCAGAGAAAAGCCCUGCUAAAAAGAAAACUCAAUCACCUAAGAAGUCAGCAAGCCCCAAGGGUGUGUCUCCUAAGUCUGCUCAGAAAUCACCCAAAUCCAGGUCUCCAUCACCCAAGGCAGCUACUCCUGCAAAGCAGUCUCCCAAAUCCAAGUCUCCCUCUCCAAAAGCAGCAACGCCUGCGAAGAAAUCUCCUAAAUCCACAUCCCCUUCUCCCAAGGCAGCAACUCCAGCAAAGGUGUCUCCCAAAUCCAGAUCUGCAUCUCCAAAAGCACAAACUCCAAGAUCCAAGUCCCCAUCUACUGACAAAAUGGAAACUCCUAAGAGCACCAAACAGACCCCCACAGUUCAGGGGCGUUUUUCAGUGUCGCGCAUCAGCACACCAUCCCCUGUCGCGGAGGAGUGUGUUCCUGAUGUAACUCCUAAAAUGUCCCAGAAGAGGAAGAGUAUUGUACGGAAAACUCCGAAGUUAACUAAGAGUGCUGUAAAAGUGAUGGCUAGAAGGAGUGGCAUUUCACGGGCCUCUUUGAAAGGUAUGUGUGACUCUAAAAUCAUUUUAGUUAUUGUGAGCCUCACAGACAGAGUUUGACAUGAUUUCAGCUGUGGGUUAAGUAAAAAAAAUAUAUAUAUAUAUUAGGUCACAUUUCCUUUUUUUCUUUAUUUUUAGCUAAAAACUUGUGGGCAGAGAUUGUGAAAUUUGGACAACCCAAGACUCAAGUGGUUGCUCCAACAAAAAGAGCCGUCAUCAGGAAGACAAAGAAAAAGACAGCUGUGUCCAAACCACAGGUAUGAGAUACAUUCAAAUAUGAACUACUUUUGCCUUGCCUUAACUGAUCGAACAUGAAACAUAUACUUUAUUUGUUUUUGUUUUUGUUUUUUGUUUUUCUUAUCCUGAAUGUAUUCCCUAAUGGCUGUAUAGUUUUUAACUCUGAUUACCUCUGUUUUCUCAGACUCCAGCGAGAGCGCUUCCCGGUCAUGUCAGCACUGGACACGCAUGCUCACCUGUGACCAUUGUAGUUAGCAGAGCCCAGGCACAAAAGCUGGUCCAACCAUCUGGAGCUGCACCACGUCUGGUCACCAACAUUGCUGUCCUGAAAAAGAACCUGAAGAUGGACGAGGACCUAUCAGGUGAAAACCUCCUUUUUAUUGACGAAAAUGGGAACCCUCAUUCUUGGCAGUGCAUUUUUGACUUCAAGAUACCACUUACUCAUACCAUGUUGUUGCUGUUUUUUUUUUUUUAAGGAGUUUCUGAGAUGUUUAAAACUCCUGCACAUGAGAGGAAGACGAGAUCUUUAAUCAGUGAAAGCAGUGCUAUGAAGACCCCAAUGAGAGAUCUGGAAACACCUUUAGUUGAACCUUCAGUGCUGAGCACACCAGAGGAGCCAGGUAAAAACUCAACCUGAAGCACAAAAAUGAAAUCCUACAUAAUCAGUAAAACUGAGAAAUGAGGCUUGUGUGUCUUAUAAAAUGUGUUGUGUUUUUUCACAGGUGAAAUGAUGGUGUCUCCACUUAGUGUUUCAUCCACAGUUAAAAACAGACAGUACAACAGCGAGGCAGUCAAACGCCUCCUAGACGGAGAGGAAGAAUCCAGCUUCGUCAGUGACGCCCCUACCAUGGAGAAUCACUCUGAUGAACAGCAGUGCACAGAUUCAGAGACCACUUCUGUGUCAACUCCCAAGCAGAAGCUUGAAUUACCAGACUGCCUGACUGGAGUGAAGAGGAUCAUGAAGACGCCAAAGCAGACGGCAGAACCCGUUGAAGACCUGAGAGGAAGACUUCUGAAGACUCCCAAACAGAAGCUGGAACAACAAGAGUGUCUCACCGGGGUGAAGAGGAUCAUGAAGACACCAAAACAGAAAGCAGAGCCCAUUGAGGACCUAAGGGGAAAGAUUUUGAAGACUCCAAAGCAGAAACCUGAAGAGCAAGAGUGCCUCAGUGGAGUGAAAAGAAUCCUGAAGACUCCAAAACAGAAGGUCGAACCUGUUGAGGACAUCAGAGGAAAUCUGCUGAUGACGCCAAAACAGAAGCCUGAACAGCUGGAGUGUCUGUCUGGAAUCAAGAGGAUCAUGCAGACCCCACAACAGGAGGCUGAAUCUCUUGAAGACCUCAGUGUCAAACUUCUGGAAACCCCCAAAGCUCCAGAGGCGAGUGAUGCAGGUGUGGAUGCGGUUGAGGAUCUGGCAGAGACAGCGAUCCAAGAGCAAGAAUCUGAAGAUGUCUUUGAAGAGACAGAAAUGAAAACUCCAAAGGUGAAGAGCGCCCCACAGACGCCAAAGGAGACAGGUGCUCCAGUUGAAGACAUGAUAGGUGUGGAGAGGCUCCUGAAGACCCCAAAAGAGAAGAGUGGACCUGUGGAGGAGAACUUUGGAAUUCAGACGCUCAUGAAAACGCCAAGACUGAGAGAGACCGCACCUGUGGAAGACUUUGAGGGACUUCAAGAGCUCAUGGAGGAGCCACUGAGUGAUCCAGCAGAAGAGCAGGAGACAAAGGAGGUAAUGACGGAGACCUUUUAUAGUUCAUCCAGGUUUGCUCCAGUGUGGUCUUUAAUGCUUCAGUCAGCUGAUUUUACGUCACAGCAAAACCACCCUCUACUAAAUAUUUGUUGUCAGCAUGCUGCUUUUUAAAGUUGGAGCUCAUAAUCUAAACUGUCUUUCUGUCGUUUAUAUUUUUAAGGUUGAAGAUCAGUCCUGCAAUGAUGAUGGUGAAGAAGUUGCAAAAGGUUCGCAAGACAAACAAGACAUAAAUACUGCGCUGCAUGGUUUUUAAUAUGUGCAUGAAGUGAUGAGAUAGCUUUUGUUUUCUCUCUUUUGAGCAGAACUUGAAGUUUCAUCAGAGACACAACAAGAUGCCCCAUCAGAUGAGAUCGACGCUCUCCCAACUGAUAUGGAGAAAGGUGUGUUUCCUACUCAUUCUUGAGUUUUAUUGAAGGCAUAACACCUGAAAUAAUUCAAGACUUCAAGGAAUGUUCAUUGGCAAAUUAAGCGGAUUGUUUGUACCCCGUUAAACUUCAUCUCGGUGGAUAAGAAAUACAGCAUUUAGAUUCAGUCACAGAAUGUCUCAUAUUUAGUGUCAUCAGAGCACAAAUAUAAACAUCCAAACGCACUCAAAUAAUUUAGAAGAUGUUGAUUUAAGUGUAUAAUCCUUGCUGCAUCAUAUUUUAAACGGACAGUGUCAAUAUAGUUCUUGUCUUCUGACUACCAAGCAUGUGAGCUAUGUGAACGCCCAUUAGAAUUAACUAAUGCUGAUGCUGCAGCACUAAGGGACAAUCAGGUCCUACUUUCCACAUGUGGAGGUGUCUUUGGCAAGGCACUUACCCCCUAAGAUCAAACUCCAGGACUUUGUAAAUGAGUGAUGAUGAACUAGCGCUGGACCACAGCAGCUUCUUGAAAAAAAUCCCAAUCCUGAUGUGAAAACCAGAGCAGCUUAAAUGCAAAUUUAACCUGUUUGUCAUAUUUUACUCUUUUUCUGUUUUUCAGAUGCUAAUAUAAAGGAAGUUAUCGCUGAAGACAUCUUGGAGGAGGCACCAAAAACAAACGUUGACAAUGAAGCAUCAGAUGCUACAGGAAACGUUUGUGAAGGACAGGUAGAAGAGAUGGCCCCUGAAGAACAACCCACAGUGGAUACUGUAGACGAGAAUCUGUCUGAAGAACAACCCACAGUUGAGGAGAACCUGUCUAAAGAACAACUUACAGUGGACACUGUUGACGAAAAUCUGUCCGAAGAACAACCAGAAGUCGAGACUGAAACUUGCAACGCCACAGAAAUGGAAACAACCACCUCAGAUCCUGAGCCCCAAGCUCCUGCGAGUGAGAGUGCACCUGAGGUGGAAGAAGCAACUUGCAAAUCCACAGAAAUGGAAACAACCGCUGAAGAUCCUGUCGUUCAGAAGAAGCCAGUAAGAGGCAGAAGAGCAAAAGCAGUGGAGACCAAAGCAGCAGAGGAGAAACAAGAACCAACCGAGAAAACUGAAGAACCGAUCAUCUCUGCUCCAGUCAGAGGAAGAAGAGGGAGGAAAAACGAGGCUCCUGCGGCCCCCGCUGUUAGACAAACAACCAGAGGCAGAAAGACCGCAGAAAACACGGAUGCUGAGUCUGCAGUUGAGGAAAGCGAAGCUCUGCCUUCUGAAGCUGCUGUUGCUAAGCCUAAAAGAGGAAGAAAUGCUAAAAAGGCUUCUAAUGAUCAGGCUGAGAUCGUCAAAGUGGCUGAAACUGAAAUCGUGCCUACACCAGAGAGUGAAGUGAGUCCCCCGGCUGAAGAAGACCAAGAUGCAAAUGUCAUUGCAGCAUCAGUAGAGAAGGCCGUGGUCAAGCCCAAGCGAGGACAGAAAGCUAAACAACCUAAACAAGCAGCUGUAGAGCAGCAGGCGGCAGUGUCCACUCCCAGAGAGGAGCCCCAGACUGAUGUGGUGAAAGGUAUGUUUUUUUUUUUACAUUACUGGUUUGAACAAAAACCAUUAGAGUGAAAUCAAACACACAGAGUCUUAAUAAAUUUCAUUGAUUUUAAACAUUAUUGCUGCUCUAGUUUUGGAUUUCAAGAUUUUGAAUUUGACCGCUUCUGCUUGUAUUCUAACAACAAACUUCUCUCUUUUAAUUUCUCCUAAUAUUCAAGAAGUCGAUGAGGUCUGCAGUGAGAGGCUGGAGGUGGUUCCUUGUGAAACUGAGGAAUGUAAACCAUCAGAUGCAGAUGAAGCAGUUCCUAAUGAGGCCCCUGUUUCCGAGAGUUUACCUGAGGCAGAGGCUUGCAAAGACGCAGAGAAGGAUGCAGCUGUGGUUCAGAAGAAACCUGCUCGUGGCAGAAGGCCUAAAAUGGUCGAAUCGAAAGUUGAGGUUGAACAAGAGGUAGUCGAACAUCCCGAGGAGCCUGUCGUCGUCUCUGCUCCAGUCAGGGCAAGAAGGGGAAAGAAAACUGAAGCUGCUGCACCAGCUGCUGGUAGAAAAACGACAAGAGGUAGAAAUACAAAGUCUCAAGAAAGCACCUCUGAUGACCAACCUGAGGUGGUGCCAGAGCAACCUGUGGAAGCAUCACCUGUCCCUGAAGUUCCCGCAGAGACAGUGACUGAGGACACUGGUGCAAAAGAGGAAAGUGAUUCAGCACCACCUGCAGAGGAAGUCGCAGUGAAGCCUACCAGAGGAAGAAGAGCCAAACAAACACCUGUAGAACAGCCAGAGCCGCAGAAACAUGAAGUUCCUGAUGAGCAGCUAACAGCUGAUGCUGAAUCUCAAAAGUCUGUUCCUACUGUUGGAAAACCCAGAAGAGGAAGGAAAACCAAACCUGAUACCCCUGAACAAAAUGAGGAGGCAGAGGACCCUGCCGUCACUGUUGAGACUAAACAGCCAGCUCAGCCUCCAGUCCGGGCUAAGAGGGGAAGAAACAUCAAAGAGAAGGAAGAGAAGCAUAAGUCAACUUCAGCCGAGACUUCUGAGUCACAGGAACCAGCUAGAAAAGUAAGAAGAACCAGAAAGGCAGAGCAAACCGCUGAGGAACCAAAGGAAGAAGUCCAACCUGUUGAAACGGUUUCCCCAGAUGAGGUUGAAGCAGCAGUUGUUGAGGAACCAGUAACGGUAAAAGAGCAGACUGCAGCUGCUGCAAAACCCAGGAGAGGACGAAAAGCAAAACAGGACACAGAGAUUGAAAUCCCUGUUGAGUCCACUGAGGUCCAAGAGAACCUUUCUGUCAGCACAACAGACAAACCCAAACGUGGAAGGAGAGGAAAACCAGUGACUGAGGAGGCUGAAGUCCCUGCAGAAGUACCAGAGGAAAAACCAGAGGCUGAGGAGAAGGAUGAAGCUGAGCCAGAGGCUGCAGUCAUCAAACCGAGUCGAGGAAGGGCGCGGAAGUUAAAGGCUCCACAGGCUGUUCCAGCAAAGAGAGCCAGACGAGGAGCAGCAGCAGCUGUUACCCAAGAGGAGACCCACACAGAACCUGCAGCUGAAGCCUCAGAGCCCGCAUCUAUUUCUGUAGAGCCAGCAAAAAGGGGGAGACGAGCAGCGCCAAAGCCCACAACAGAAGACGCUCAGGAGGCCAGCAAGCAAGAAACUCCCACUGACGAUUCGAGCAACAUUGCUGUGGAAGACAAAGUGUCCAAAAGGUCUGUGAGGUGGAAGUCAGACGUUAAAGUUAUUGAGAUUCCAAAAGCUACACCUGUGAAGGCAGUACGAGGCAGGAGGGCAAAACCUGCAGACCCAGGUGACGCUGAAAGCAAAAGUGCAUCAAAGGAUGAAAGCAAACCUGAAGAGAAAGAUCUCUCAGACACGGCUGUCAAAGCUCUGCCUCUCAAGAGAGCCAAGCGAGGGGCGAAGGUUGCUGAUGCAACACCUGUGGAAGCUGAGUCCACCAGCACAGGGGGAAGCGUUGAAGCUGAGACACAGCCAAAAACACGCAAAGGAAGAUCGGCAAAGAAGUAAAAACAUGUGUAUAUAGUCUUAACUUUGAUGCUUUUCUGUUUUAAAAUCAUUUUUGUACUCUUCAGGUUUUACAUGCUGUGGCAUUUUAAAUGGUAGAUUCAUAGACUGAAAGUAAAGCACUGCUCUUUUAUGUAUCUGCAGGGAAUUUUUGUUCCAUUUCGGUUAUGAAAAGUUGUAUUUUAUUUCCUUGAUGUUUUGCAGAUUUUUUUAUGGUUAAAAAAUGGAUAUUAAAUUUUUUGUACAACGGAAA